UACAACACCCACCCCCCUCUUCUGUUUGUUUACCAUUUUUACCUUCUCUCUCUAGCCUGUGUCUCUGUGUGGAGCCCAAACCGGUCCUCUGCUUUGCUGGCUUCAAGCUCUCCAUAGUUGGUUCUUAAUGGGGUUUGUCUGCUGAGAGAGACCAGAGUUUCAGUUGGCCUAAUCAAAAACUCAUUCUCUCUCUCAUUCAUAACUUGUAUUCACUUCUUUCUCUCUCUUUGCCUUACUUCUUCCAUCACCUCCAUAUACUCUAAACAAUACUGAAAACAACAACAAUCAAAACCCAGUUUCAAUUUCUCUUCGAUUUCAUCGAUCCCCAGAUCUCUCUCUCUCUCUCACUGCAGAUCCUCCUACCUUUCAAUUCCAUAGUAGAGCAAGGAACAGUUCACAAUUUGGGUUUGUUUGGGUCAGAGUUAUUUCUAGUUGUUAUCAGAUGUGGAGAAUUUGUAGGGUGGUUUGGGGGUGAAAUGAGGUAUGUUAUCUGGGUUAAUGAACUUAUUGAGGGCCUGUUUUCGGCCGAGGUCUGAUCGAUACAUUGGCAAGGGUUUGGAUUCUGGUGGUCGCCAAGAUGGGCUUCUAUGGUACAAAGAUAUAGGACAACAUUUUAAUGGUGAUUUUUCAAUGGCUGUAGUUCAAGCCAACAAUUUACUUGAGGAUCAGAGCCAAAUUGAGUCAGGUUGCCUGAGUACGAAUGACUCAGGGCCGUAUGGAACCUUUGUUGGAAUAUACGAUGGGCAUGGAGGUCCUGAGACUUCGCGUUACAUCAAUGAACACCUCUUCCAGCAUCUCAAGAGGUUUACCUCUGAGCAACAAUCUAUGUCAGUGGAGGUAAUAAGGAAGGCGUUCCAAGCAACAGAAGAGGGAUUUCUGUCUCUUGUUACGAGACAAUGGCCAAUGGCAGCGCAGAUUGCAGCAGUCGGAUCAUGCUGCCUGGUUGGUCUUAUCUGCAAUGGAACCCUUUACAUUGCCAACCUUGGUGAUUCGCGUGCUAUUUUGGGGAGACUUGUCAAUGUAACAGGGGAAGUUCUGGCCAUUCAGCUCUCAGAGGAGCACAAUGCAGCUAUAGAGUCUGUGAGACAGGAGCUGCAAUCUUUGCACCCGGAUGACUCGCAAAUUGUAGUUUUAAAACAUAAUGUGUGGCGUGUGAAGGGCCUUAUACAGAUUUCAAGAUCUAUUGGCGAUGUAUAUUUAAAAAAGGCUGAGUUCAAUAGGGAACCAUUAAUUGCCAAGUUUCGGCUGCGCGAACCUAUCAAAAGGCCGAUAUUGAGCGCAGAUCCAUCAAUUUCGGUGCACCAAUUGCAGCCACACGAUCAGUUUAUUAUAUUUGCAUCGGAUGGCCUCUGGGAGCACCUAAGCAAUCAGGAAGCAGUUGAUAUAGUUCAAAAUCAUCCUCACAGCGGAAGUGCUAAGAGAUUAGUGAAAGCUGCAUUACAAGAAGCGGCAAAGAAGAGAGAAAUGAGGUAUUUGGACUUGAAGAAGAUCGCUCGGGGGGUCCGUCGGCAUUUCCAUGAUGACAUCACAGUUAUUGUUGUGUUUCUUGAUUCGAAUCUCGUGAGCAGAGCCAGCACAGUCAGGAGUCCCAACCUGUCCGUGAAAGGGGGCGGAGUCAACCUCCCUUCCAACAUUCUUGCGCCAUGCUCAACGCCAACCUAAGAUGCUGGCUCUACCUGAGGCAAGAUGAUUAAUGUUAUUAUGUGUUGUACUAUUCUCUUUGUGAAUACCAGGUAGCUUCAAAGGAAAUGAAAAGCAUGCCAUCAAUUCUUUAUAGUACAUUUUGUAACCUUUUAACUGAUAACUAGUACUUGGGUUUAGUUUCUAAAUUCCAAGAAAAUAGAACUGAAAAAGGAGAGAGACAACUUCAGGGUGAUAAUCCUAGAAGUUGUCCUUGGUGAAGUUCUUUUGACUUCCAUUGUCUGUGGCUGUUAUUCCCUUGCCUUUCAUGUAAAUCAUUGUCUUGGCAAAAUGGCAAUCUAGAAAUCCUAUUGCUUUGAAGUAAA